AGAACUCCUUUGCCAAAACGUCCUCGAGCUCGACGAUCGCCAUCUAUCCCAAGUCUGGCAAGUUCUGCAUCGUCACGUCUAGCAUCUCUCGUCGAUCGGGACACUUGGAACGAAACAUCAGCAUCGCCGUCAUCGCACUUUACGCCCCCAUUCGCUCGUUUUGCAUCAAAAGUUUGUUGGGAAUUCGAGAACCAGCUCGAUUACAACCCAUCUUCGUCAUCCGGUCAAUAACUCGGUCUGGGCUGAAGGAGAACGCACAAGCAUCAGCAUCUGGAACAGUAGAAGAAUACAACGCCAUAGCUAGAUAGAGCACAAACAGCAGGACUGGACCGUCAAGAUGAACCCAUCCUAUACCGUCCCCGCCAUGCCAUCACAUCCUCAAGGAGGUCCUCAUGCCCUCUCCACACGGCAAUACCUGACCGACCUCUCCACCUCUCUCUUCAGUUUCGUACUACCUCUUCUACCCACAGCAGAAGAGUUGGCGACGAAGGAAGAGGUGAGGGUGUUGAUCGAACGGUUGAUCAAGACGAUCGAGCCGAGUUCCAGACUGGCGAGCUUUGGGAGUAGUUGUAAUAGUUUCGGGUUGAGGAACAGUGAUAUGGACCUAGUAUGCCUGAUCGAUAACAAAGAAGCAGCUUUACACGCCUCGGACUUGGUAGCGAUGAUCGGCGACUUAUUAGAACGAGAGACGAACUUUGAAGUGAAACCGCUACCGAAAGCUAGGAUCCCGAUUAUCAAGUUGACUCUCCAGCCUUCCCCUGGGCUUCCUUACGGCAUCGCAUGUGAUAUCGGGUUCGAAAACCGAUUGGCCCUGGAGAAUACGAGGUUGCUCUUGACGUACGCGACGAUCGAUCCGGCGAGGAUCAGGACGUUGGUCUUGUUCCUGAAAGUAUGGAGUAAACGGAGAAAAAUCAACUCUCCGUACAAGGGCACGCUUUCAUCCUACGGCUACACUCUGAUGGUCAUCUUCUACCUCGUACACGUCAAGAACCCUCCUGUACUACCAAAUUUGCAACGGAUAGCUCCUCUUCGGCCGAUGACCAAGGAGGAGAUGACGCUCGAAGGGAGGGACGUCUGGUUUUUCGAUGAUACCGAGACGUUGCGGAAAGAAUGGAGUUCUGCCAACUUUGAGAGCGUGGGCGAGCUCCUCAUCGACUUUUUCCGAUACUUUUCUCACGAUUUCCAGUACAACAACACGGUCAUCUCGAUCAGAGCGGGGCAUUUGACCAAGGAGAGCAAAGGGUGGAUGAACGACAUCGACGUCGGUGGGCUUAACGAGAAUGCGAGGGACAGGAACAGAUUAUGCAUCGAGGACCCGUUCGAGACGCCUUACAAUGUCGCGAGGACGGUAACCAAGGACGGGCUGUAUACCAUCCGCGGCGAAUUCAUGCGUGCGACAAGGAUCUUGACCGCCCGACCCGAGCGUGCAGUGUUGGCCCUGGCCGAACUGUGUAUCGAACGAGAAGACGAGCUCGCACGCGCCCCACGAUCCUCGUCACCCGCCCCGCGAUCCAUGUCGGGACCUCGAGGUUAUGGGCCGAGCGGAUGGAAGAGCAACAACAUGACGAUCGGGCCGUUCGACCGCAUGUCGCAGACGAUGAACGGGAUGAUGCCCGGUGGUGGUAGUGGCGGGGAGAUGGACGACUUUGGCCGGCGUUCGUAUUCCGCUCAGGGAACUGCACGACGCGGACGACGAUCGGACGCAGGGGGAGACUCGGGUCCAUAUUCCGCACAGGACGCUUGGCAUUCGCACCAAUCGACGGGAUAUCACGGAGGUGAAGGGUUCCGAGGUCGUGAUAUGGGAGGGCGUCAUCACGAUAUGGGCGGGUAUGGGGAUGAACCGCCACACCCUCGAGCCGGGUCGUUCAGCGAGGGUGGAAUGCCCGUGCCUUUCAACAACAUGGCCGCCGGGUCGGCAUCGGCACCGAUCUCGCCUGUGAAAUCGUCGAGCGGUCUUCACAAUGAGCCGAGAAAUUACAGCGGGACGUGGAGCACCGGACCUUCGCCUCGCCAAGCACCACGCGGGUUGCCCGGUGUCGGCGGUCCUAGGAUGGGUGGCAGCGUCGGACCAGGUCCGAGUCAAGGUCCAGGUCCAGGUCAAGGUCAAGGUAGCCGCCGACCGUCCGAGUCGACGGGUCGACGACAACAGCGAGGUCCGUCAUACGGCGCCGAGUUUGGCAAUGGUAACGGCAACGCCUACGGAUCCUCCAGCAACUCCGGGUACGCGCAGCCGCAACCUUCGCAACACCCAGGUAAACGAGCCUACUCUGUCGGAGCCGGUCCUUUCCCCCCGACUGUGACGCCGGGGAACGUCUCCCCCAGUGAACUCGCCAUGAUCAACGGUUCGAGCUCGAGCGCGGCUUUCCAACCGUUCAACAGUCCUGCCGCGACUACCAACCCGCUCGGCAACCCUACCGACCCUUACCUCACCUCGUCCAACUUGAGAACGCCAGAGACCGACCCUCUGAAGGCUUUACCGACGAUGAGCCCUUUCCCUGCGUAUCAUAGCACUCAGCCGGUACCUAACGAGACCAGCGCUGUUGGGCAGGGCGACAAGGAGGAUUUCAAGGCGCUGGACGAGUUGACGAGUCGGGUCGGGCAGGUCGCGCUCGGGUUGGACGACGAUGAGCCCAAGUCGGAGGGAUCUAGACCUCGAUCUCGAUCUAACGGCGGCGGUGGUGGGGUGCAAAAGUCGAACGAGACCACCUCGGACGAGGCAUAGCGUCGGCAUCGACUCUUGUUAGUCAUCCUCGCCUUUUUCUCUGUUUACGAAAAUCACGAACGUCCGUUUCGAUCCCUUCGUCCCCCUCCCUCACCCCACCCUUGUUCUUCCUCUAUCUACGCCUCGCCUUACAGCAAAAUUACAACCAUAACCAUAACCAUGAUCAUGAUCAUAAACGUAAAGCAUCGUUGUACAUCCACCCAUGCCAUGCCAUGCAAUACGUAAUUGCAAUGCCCCACGAAAUUGUGCUGAGC